AUGCGCGUUCGACGACGACGGGAGCGUGCGAUCUCGCGGGCGACGGAGGAUGAGGAGGACUCGGGGGAGGGAGAGAGCGAGGAGUGGAUGGAGUUGGACGUGGACGAGGACGCGGACGUGAGCGCGGCGGGCGGGCGGUGGACGACGGGUUCGAUGCGAGAUAUGGUGGAUGAUCGGUGGGAAAACGUCGAUCCGGUGCGAAAUAGUGGUGAUGAUAUCAUCGCCGACACCGAUGCGCAGUUCGUGGGGGGGGAUUGGCUCGAGCCGACGUACAAAGAGGUGAACGCCCCGGUGGGGUCGAUGUUGGAAAAGGUUCAACGCAUGCAUUUGAACGAGCCGUCGGACUUUAGCUUUAAGGAUGGGGAAUACUUUGAUUUGAUGGGAUAUGUGAAGCAUAAGACGGAUAACGAGUUCUGUCUCGUGCUUGAGGUGGCCGAAAGAGCGAGGGAGCGUAAGAUUGAGCGCCUGGAGAACAUGGACGCGUCUAGCAGCGGCCCGCGUCUGCCGCCGAUUCAACAGGCUAUCGCGGAUCUAGCGCUCGAAAUCGAGUCGAGUGGGGGUAAGACGUCGGCGUACCUGGCCAUGCGUGAGGCAGCCGAUCGUGCGCGCUUACGCUACGAGCUUCAACAGGCGUCGUGGUGUUGGGACAACUACUGUGAGGACUCCAUGCGCUCGCUUGGCGUGAGCGAGCGCGCUGAGCAAAUGCUCCACGAGGGUCAACGCGUUGAUGAAGCCAUGGACUUCGAACGCGAGCUCAUGAUGGAAGAUAUGGCUGGCAGCGACGCUACCGCUCGACGGUAUUAA